ACUUUAUCAGUCCAGCCACAUCUCCAAAUAUGCAUUUCACUGGGUUUGUUGCAGUGGCUGUCCUGCUAGUCACCAUUUGCAGAGCAGCAGUGGUGACUGAGAAUGGCUUCCCUAUCCUCUGGGAGAAGGCCCCGGCCCUUCUGUCUGAGCUUCCACAGGCUGAUGGAGUGGUCAAAUUGGACCCAUGGGACUACUUGCAGAGGAUGGCCAUGUACAGGCUGAUGAUCAAUGCCACAAAUUCCUUCAUGAGCUCCAUGGGCCCUGGAGCCACUGAAAACCCACUUUGGGGGCUUCCUCUGCAGCUGGGCUGGAAACUCAAAUCAGGUCGACUGGUCGAUCCUACAGGUGUGAGUACCUGUGGGCAGGAGAGCUCCGACCCUGUGUGUAUUGCUACCAGCAGCUGGUGGGGGUGUGCGAACUACCACCUGUCUGUGAUUCCGUUCCUGGUGGCUGUUGAGGCAGGUUUGGUGGGAGAUGGUCAGGCUCAGGUGAAGAUUCAGGUACCUGCGGAGAUGGCUAGCGAUUAUUGCUCCAGCACCUGUUCCAGCGUGCACCCCGACGCCAUACAAAAAUGGGCCACAUUUUUUCAGUCUCUGAAGACCAUCAGUGCAUCAGAAGCGAGUGACGAUGACAAGAGGGAUCAGAUCCUGGGUUUAAUGUGGUCAGCUCAGCUGGCCUCCCUCGACGCGGUCAGCAGCACCUGCGCUGAUAAGAAGACACAUUACUCCAGUCCUGAGCGGUCCUUCAUUGACAGCUGGCUGCACUCUGCUCAGUAUGUGGGGGCCUCCCACUUCCAUUCCAGCAUGGAGAAGUCCGUGCAGUUCAUGACCCCUCUGCCCAGCCGAGUGCUGCAGGAAACGGACAAGCCGCCCAAAAUUGCUGACCUCAGCACUGAGGAAAACCACACCCUGUACAUCUUCAGCUGGAUGACCAGUAUCAACAAACUGCUCGGUGGAACUCUGACCUCGAUGUGGCAGCGUGCGAUGUGCUCGGCCGCUGCCCGUGUGAAAGGUCGUGCCCUGCUGGAUGACCUCCUCUUCAACCCACAGUUCGCCACCUCCAGCAUGCUGUCCAUCCUGACCGAGAUGACCACCAAAUGCUAAGAGGAACCUCCAUUAAUCCAUUAAAGUUUCACCCAGUUUUUCACCUCUUACCUCAAAUGUAGUCGAUCAGUCAACUUGUUUGGUGUCUGAAGUUUGUUUCCUGUUUUAUGGAUGUAUGACUAGACUAACAAUUAAUGAAAGCUUGUAUCACAGCAAUUAACAUUGAGCAAACUAUCCUGACCAAUAUAAAUAAGUGUCUCAUUCAGCACCAGAAACCACAUAAUUAAAUAUAUUAUGAACUAGUUAACAGCUCCACACUGUUUGAUGUGAGUAGGCAUGCAGUUACAUCCAUGCUAAUUGAUGAGGCAAAAGCUUUUCUUACGUCCCUGCUAGAAAACCAGCGCAGACCACCAUGGUCUGGUCACCAGCUAAGCCAGCAUGUUGUGUUUUGGAUGCUGGUAUUCUUGCCCACCAUCAUGACUAUCCUGGGUGACCAACUAAACCAGCACCAGACCUGCAUAAACCAGCUUACACCUUCUUUUUUCAACAGGGUUAGCUACAUUAGCCUCGUAGCUCAUUGUCAUAAUUCCAAUAGCUAGCUAUUCACUUUCAUUCAUUGUUAGCAACAUUAGCAUUAUUGAUUGAACCAUUCCUUUGAAACUGGGCUCCUCAGCCCUGGACCAUGCAUGUUUUUUUGUAUUGUUCCAGCUGCCCACACACCUGACACAGUGUGUCAGAUGCUGGUUACCUGGCCCAGGUGUUGUUUCCUUUUGGUUUUUCUAAAAAUGCUAGAUUAUUGGAGUUUGCUGGGUCAGUGAAUAAACACCACACUCACCCUGUUAAGUCGCUAUCAAUAGCUGUGGUGCAGACUGAUCACUUCAUGUAUUACUGCUAUGACACCCCAAGCAAAAAUCACAGAUCAUCUCUCCUCCUCAAAAAAGAGACUUGUUUUUCCCACACCAGAGGUAGGUGCUUUCUGUUACAGUGCUACUGGAUUUGAUGCUUUAUUUCAGAAAAAUGUAUCAUUGAAUAUUGUACUUCAAUGACUCAUAUCUUGGAAAACUGAAUUUCCCAAAAUAAAAGCCAAAUAAAAGAC